AUGGAGGUUUCUGGCAAGCGAAGAACUAAAUUGACAUAUUCGGUAUCACAUGGGUCUGCUGAAGACUUUGUAUUAUUCUGUAUCCCAUGUGAUAGAGAUGGUAAACGGGUUCCAGCUAAAGGGUUCUGUACAACUUGCAAUGAACAUCUUUGUAAAACCUGUUACAAGCAUCAUAAGAAACCAGCACCUACACGUAACCAUGUUCUUCUUGAUGAAGACUCCAUGCCAACAACUCAUACCGUUCAAUUAUAUCAAGACAACUUCGAAAGCUGUGAUGAUCAUCAAGACGAAAAACAGAAAUAUUACUGUAGAGAUCACGACAUCGUAGUUUGCAGUGUUUGUGUAACGUUAGAUCAUAGGACCUGUAAGGUGGAAUACAUACCGAAACUUUCAAAACAUAUUCUAGACAGUGAGGAACUCAAUGAGUUAAUGGCGGAAAUGAAAUCACUUGAGGAAGUUUGUAAAUUAAGUAUAAAGAGAGCAAAAGAUGAGAUUAAAGCCAUUUCUGAAAAUCAUGAUAAGGUUAUAAAGGCAAUUCAUCAAUUCAGAAAGGAAAUAAAUACACGUCUCGACGAUAUGGAAAAGAUUGUUGUCGAGGACGCGGAGAGAAUCUCUGAUAAAACACAAAUGAUUCUGAAGAGUUUGUCAACAGGUAUAGAAGACAUAAAAGACGAAACGGUAAAGAAACAAGUAUGCUUAGACAACCUGAUACAAAGGAACUGUCUUGACAAACUGUAUGUUGAAAUGAAAGUAGCCAAGAAACGACUGAUUCAAAUAAAGAUGAAAGCAAAACAACAUAGUCGAAUAAACAAUAAUGAAACAGUAAGCUUUGUCAAGCAUCAGGCAAUUAUUGAUAUGUUAGAAAAGUAUAAGCAGUUAGGAGAAAUUGUUAAAUCGUCCAAUAGUGAAAAUGAUGCAAUGAUGAAAGAAACAUCAACACCACCCGAGGAUACGUCUCUAAAUCUUGAAGUUGUCGAGGAAAUAGAUAUGAAAUCCGCAUCGGAUACCGAAUAA